UCAGGAUGAAGAUCCUCCUCAUCUUCACCCUCUGCCUGAUCUCAGAUGGAGGAGCCUCCAAGAAAGUAACAGGAUAUUCAGGAGGAGGAGUCCUUAUCAAGUGCAAGUAUGAUAGAGAAUACACACAAAACCCAAAAUAUUUCUGUAAGGGUUCAUCUCCAGGCUGUUCUGACCAAAUAAAGACAGGAGAUAAAAAUGAGUGGGUAAAUUCAGGAAGAUUCUCACUGUUUGAUGACACCAAAUCAGCAGAGUUCAGCGUGAUGAUCAGAGAGCUCACUGUACAGGACACUGGGACGUACCACUGUGGAGUUGAUAGACGUGCAGCGACAGACAUUUAUACACAGGUGGAACUGAAGGUCAAGGAAGGUGAGUCUCCCAUCACUGCCUUCUGUUUAUAUCCACAAAGCAUCAGUGUCAUUAACAAAGUACCAGUAAUCAUACUUUAUUAACAUAAUAGCUUUAUUAUUUAUAACAUAAUUUUGUUUCUGAUUGCCCUGUAUUGUUCAGUUUGCCUGACAUUUCACUCCUGCCUUUUUAUGACCAUGAGUUAUCUGAUUUCAAUUGUCUCACUGUAACCAAACCUUUAGUAACUUUUCAUACAAAUUGAAUCAUGUGUGUAGUUAGGAAUUUGCCAGUGAGACAUCAUCUUGAAAGAAAAAUACUGUAUUUUUAAACUUGAUUUCCAGGAUAAUAUUUUCAUAGUUAUUUACAGUUUUAGUUCAUUGCACAUGAUUUGAACUUGUUUUGAACAGGGGAC